AUGAGGACUCUUCCAACGCAAAUGGCAACCAGACUUUCCGUCUCUCGCACCAACGACAAUGAAUCUCCCCUUCGAUUGAUUCCACACCAUGAUGAUGACAAUGAUGAUGAUACUACCAACAACCAUAGCCAACAAAAGAACAAGAAGAAAAGGAACAAAUCUCCCACCAUUACCGAUAUCUGUCCUCAAACAGGAGUCACACUGAGUCGGUACAUGAUGGAACUGGAACGCUGGAAUCCCGAACUCUCCGAAGUCGAAUCCAUCUUUACCAGCAUUCAAGUGGCCGCCAAGGCCAUUUCCAAUCUGGUACGAAAAUCCACACUGCAGGCCAAUACUGGCUACUACAAGGGCAGCAUGAACAUUCAAGGAGAAGAACAAUCCAAAAUGGACGUCAUCGCCAAUGACGUACUCAAAAAUGCACUCAAUUGGGCCGGCCAUUUCAAGACUAUUGCCAGUGAAGAAGAAGACGAACCCAUCUCGUCCAGUGAUCCACAAGGCAUCUUCCCCGAAGCCAUUAUCGAUUCGGGAAAAUCCUAUAUCGCCGUCUUUGAUCCAUUGGAUGGAAGUGCCAAUCUGGAUUCCGGAAUCCCCGUUGGCACCAUUUUUGGCAUCUUUCGACAUGGCACCGAAUGUCAACUCGAUCGACAGCUCUGUCUCGAAGAUGUUCUACAGCCGGGACGGAAUCUGGUCGCGGCGGGGUACUGUUUGUAUUCUUCGGCCACCACCUUGGUCAUGACAUUGGGCGAUGGGACGCAUGGAUUUACACUGGAUGAAACCAUUGGAGAGUUUGUACUGACCCAUCCGUCCAUUCAAAUACCACAACAAGGAUCCAUCUAUUCCUUCAAUGAAGGCAAUCGAUGGGAAUGGGAUCAACCCAUUCAAGACUAUAUCAUGGACAUUCAAACGGGCAUGGGAAAGCAACAAAACAAGUACAAGGCUCGAUACGUUGGAAGUAUGGUGGCAGAUGUCCACCGGACGUUAAUGUACGGAGGAAUCUUUGGCUAUCCAGCAGAUCGAACCAGUCUCAAUGGCAAGCUCAGGCUAUUGUACGAGGCGGCACCCAUGGCCUUUCUCUUGGAACAGGCAGGAGGACGGGCCAGUACAGGGACAAGACCCAUCAUGGACGUGUUGCCCACCGAUGUACAUGCCAGAGUGCCAGUCAUACUGGGGAGUCCUGACGAUGUCAAGGAGCUAGAGAGCUACUACGAAGCUGUUAUCGAGAAGAACAACAAGGAGCUACUCAAUGCAGGGCAGCUAAACACCACUGACGCCAAGGACAUGCAUUAUGCAUAG